AUGACUUUGACAUAUCAACAAACGGAUCAAGACUACAAGGCCAAUUGCCAAAAUGUAUUGAGCCAUAUUGCUGAGACCAGCGAUAUCCUGAAUGAGAUGGAGCAGAUGGAGACUGACAUGUCUAGCUCGGAUCUCCAUGUCUUGCAGCAGCAGCAACAAACACCACAUGGUGCAGCACAGACAACAUCGACAUGGCAGGCAUGCUUGCAGCAUCUGAGCCAUUUGAAGGCUAGAGUAUUAGACCCUUUAUCCAAAGUGCUGAUUACGGGUGAUUUGAAUUCUGGUAAAUCUACAUUGGUCAAUGCCUUAUUGAACAAGGACAUGUUGCCAGUGGAUCAACAACCCUGUACAUCCAUCUUUUGUCAAGUCUAUUCCUCCUCCAAUGACUACACCACGGAACAAGACGACAUAAUCCAUGCCGUCAUAGACACUGCCACAUACGACCCAUCCAACCAGGAAACAUACCACCCCAUUGAAUCUCGUCAUCUUUACAAAACCCUCAUUGAUGAGGACAUACCUUACAAGAUGCUCAACAUUUACACGGCUCGCAACCAACAGGCAUUGACACAACAAAGCUUGCUACACAACGAUCUUGUCAAUGUGGCAUUGAUCGACUCGCCUGGUUUGAAUACAGACUCAUUGAAAACAACAUCCAUCUUUGCACGUCAAGAGGAAAUCGAUGUGGUGGUGUUUGUCGUCAGCGCUGAAAAUCACUUUACACUGUCUGGCAAGGAGUUUUUGAUGAAUGCAGCACAAGAAAAGAAGCACAUCUUUAUUGUGGUCAAUCGAUUCGACAAUAUCCGUGACAAGGAACGCUGCAAACGCCUGAUCCUGCAACAGAUUGAGCUUGUAUCACCAUCCACUUUUGCUCAAGCCAAGGAGUUGGUGCAUUUCGUCAGUGCUGCUCAUCACACCAAUGACCCCGACUUUGCCAAUCUGGAACAAAGCUUGCGAUCGUUUGUGCUGUUCAACCGUAGUGUCUCUAAACUUGUGCCUGCCAAACACUACCUCCAAAAUGUGCUGCAAGAUGUGCAUAUCCUCGCUACUGCAAACCAAGACAAGUCAAAGGCUCAGUUGGACGAUGCUGUGACGAAUUUAGAGGACACGUUCUUGCCUGACAUGAGAGAUUUGCAAAAGACAGCAGAUUUACUCCAGGAGUCAAUUCAGCAACUGGCAAUCAGCUCGUUGGAGAGCAUUGAAAGCAACACAUCCAAAGCCAUCGCCAGCGCAACAUCAGACGAGGCGCUUGAUCAGUGCAUUGCAUCUGUCACUUUCCCUGGCAUUCAUCUGUCUUGGCAAUACGCACAAAACAUCGCAGGCGCUCUUGCCUCUCAUGUGGAAUCUCAAGUGGAUCAAAUAGAGGAACAUGCGAGCCAACAUACAACAGAAUGCAUGAAAGACAUGAAUCAAAUGGUCGUAGAUCGACUCGGCAAAUGGAAUGCUAACAUCAUCACAGACGUCCUUCACAGCCCUGCAACCCCAAAGCAUCAGCGCAUUCACAUCAAUGUACAGGCCAGAGACUUUUUGGUAGAAAGACGAUUUGUGAAUGACAAGAAGGUAGCUUUGGUUGGCUUGGGAACAGCGGGUGCUACUGUCGUGCUGUUCAAGUGUGUCAGUAUUAAAGACAUGGCACUCAGCUUUUUACAUCGCUACUUGAACCCCUUGCUGGAUGAUCCUACUGCCAACAUGCCAUCUCGUCGUAUGAUAGUCAAUUGCAUCACAGCUGUCGGUCUGCUCAGCAUUGGAUGGACCGCCUUCUCAUUUGCCUCUUCUAUCCCUGCUGCCUUGAGGGCUAAUCUAAAGACCAAGUUCCAGAGAGCAGUGGAGAACGAGAAAUUGCAAGAAAGCACAACCUAUCGCAUCACACAUGGUGUGCAGAAUCUAUUAGAGUCUAAGCAAACCGAAAUCACAUCUCGUAUCCAGCAAUUAAUAGAGGAAAAGGAACAAGAAAAGGAGCGGUUGGAAGCUCGUAUCUUGCAAGCUGAAUCUAUCCUGAAGCAAUACGAUUCACUGGUAUUCAGAUCCAAUGCUCUGCUAGUCAAGGUGAAGGCAUCGCUACGCGAAAAUUGA